AUGUUACCACCUGGUUAUUUGGGGAGGAUACAUGUGGAUUAUCGUUGGAUGGAUUUCGUUGAUUGGAAGGAUCGUAGGAAUAUCUUCGUGAUGGAGAGUAAUCCCGGAGUAAAUUACAUGCAGUUCGGAUUGAUCUAUAGUAUUUACACAAGCAGGGCAGGCCAUGAAGACAGACAAAUAUUAGAACCAGUAUUAGGAGCUGUUCAAAGAGUACAUCGUGUAAAAAUCCUUAAUUAUAUUGAAAAUGUUGUACAUUUAUAUGCUGAGAGUGAUUUCAUAAUGCACUUUCGCUUAUCACGAGAAGUGACCAAUGAGUUGAUCAAUCGUUUUGCAGCAUCUCCAACCUUUUUGGCAUUACAAGCUCAUGCCGGAUAUGAGCCUAUUUCUCCAGAGAAACAUAUCAUAACUUUUCUUUGGUACGUCGGACAUGAAAGCGCUGGCUAUCGGGAUGUGGCAGAUAGAUUUGGGAUUACCAUAAGUGCACUGUACAAUGUUAUAUCCCGAGUCACAAAUUUUUUAAUAUUCCUUGCACCAAAUGUCAUCAGAUUCCCUACAUUGCAAGAGAGAGAGGCCACUAAGCAAUUUUUUCUUCAGCAAAAAAGAUUUCCUGGAGUAAUAGGUGCCAUAGAUGGAUCGCACAUUCGAAUCGAUAAACUAAUAGAAGAUAAAGAUUCGUACAUAAAUAGGAAGCAAUUUUUUUCUAUUCAGUUACAAGGCAUAGUGAACCACGAAAAAAAGUUUAUGAAUGUAUUUAUCGGUUACCCUGGAUCGGUUCAUGAUGCGAGAGUUUUUAGGGAAUCGCCUGUGUACAAUAACUUAAAUGAGUUUACUGGAGAAGAUGGGUACUUGCUUGGAGAUAGUACAUAUCCUUGUUUACAACGGUUGAUUGUUCCGUAUAGAGAUAACGGACACAUGACACGAGCUCAAAUCAAUUUUAACCAAAGAUUGAGCUCAUGUCGAGUUAUUAUUGAAAAUGCAUUUGGUAAUCUAAAACAGCGAUUUCGUCAAUUAUACCAUUUCAAAUUACGAGACAUCGUUCGAAUGAUUCAAGUUAUACAUGUGUGUUGUGUUUUACACAAUGCUAAUGAUCUACAGUUAUUUGAACCACCUCUCGAUGAAAAUCAACCAGAUCCUGAAGCUGGAAAUGCACUGAUCAAUAUAGCUGGAGAUGCUAAUGUAAUACCACAGGAUAAUCAACAGGGACGAGAACUUAGGGACGAAAUAUGUAGACAACUCGCAGCUCAAGUACAAUAA